AUGUCAACACAAAGUGGUAUUCAAGUUUCAGAAGAGCUUUCAAAGGUAUUCACAGAUGCCGUCGCAAGUGGCAAUGUACGCAUUUUAAGAGUUUCCAUCCAAAAUGAAUCAUUGAUACCUAAUGGUACCACACCUGUUCAAGAGGAUUUUCAAAAGGAUUUUCAGCACGUUUCCGAUUAUCUUGAACCAACCACGCCUGCCUAUGUAUUCGUCCGUAUGGAUGAAAAGUCAAGUACAGGAGAGUAUAACUGGUUAUUUCUCUGCUAUGUCCCUGACAAUGCAAAGAUUCGUGAUAAAAUGCUGUAUGCUUCCACAAGAGCUACACUCACCAAGGAACUAGGUGAUUAUCGCUUUGUGGACAGCAUUUACGGAACUGACAAGUCGGAGUUCAGCUGGGAUGGAUACAAAAAGCACCUUGCUCAUAAAUCGGCUGAGGCACCGUUGACAAGACGUGAGCAAGAACUGGCUGAAAUCAGAGCUGCCGAGGCUAAAGCAGUUUCUGAUUAUCAAGGAACAACGGCAAGAAAAAGCUAUGCUCCUGGUGUAGCAUUCCCUUUAACCGAAAAAGCAAUUGAAGCUCUUUCAGAAUUGAAAAAGGAUAAAGAAGAACGCUCAAGUAAUUUUGUUUCCUUGCAUUUGAAUAGCGAAAAGGUUGAUCUGGAUACGGUUGCUAACGUUACAGUUAAUGAUCUACAAAAGACCAUAAGCAGUAAUGCCCCAAGAUUUACGUUUUAUAUCUUUGAUGAUGGCAGCAAAGAAUCACUUGUAUUCAUUUAUACUUGUCCUUCAACUUCUAAAAUCAGAGAGCGUAUGCUUUACUCCUCAUCCAAGUCAAACGUGAUUACAGCAGCCGAAAAUGAGGCAUCAGUUCAAGUUGUUAAAAAAUUUGAAACGAGUGAUCUUGAUGAUUUGACAGAAGCUUAUUUCAAAGAAGAGCUUUCGUCAUCAUCAUCAAAUACUAACAUAGUAAAUGAGCGUAUUAAUAUGCUUGGAGGUACUAAGCAGGGUUUCAAAAGACCUACAGCACCUGGUAGAAGAAGACCAGGUACUACAUCACUUGCUUAA